AUGUCGAUGCUACCUACCAUCGCGAAUGCCCUGGCAGAGUUUGUCUACGAUAAAAACAUCAAGUUUACCUCAUUCACUGCACCAGAUGAGGUUCCGUGCUUUCUGUGCCUCACGACCAUCCAUCGCGAUUCGCGUCUGCUCUGUGUCGCCAAAGACUCGGCGAAACCCACUUGUCUCUGCUGCCAGAACUCAAACAAGAAAUGCGGUUCUAUCCCUCGCGAGAUCCUCGGCGCCGCCCAAUUCUACUGGAAUCAUGUCCGUCGGCUCCAAACCCUCGCUGCCAACCCCGACGUCCUCGACAGCACGGAUGUCUGGCGCGUUUGUCUGCAAUCUGGCAUCACUUUCUCCCCUGAGGAAAUGCAGGCUAAAGUUGCGGCCUCGAUACCGUUGUACGCUCGCGAUGCCUCCAAGGCCGUGCGUCUGCGCAACGCGCUCCGUUGCCUUCCCGAUGCCGACAAGACCCCCUAUGGAUCCGACGAUGGGGAGCUUGAGGACUUGCCCCAGGAACUUAAAGAUACUCUCAUCGCCCAGAUGAAUGAAGCGCGUGCCAGUGGCUGCACCGCUCCCGUCUGCCCCCCUAAUGUUGCUGGAAUGGCACCCCUCAGCCGAGGGCCUUCCCAAGCCCUGUCGCGCAAGCGUAAGCGCAACGCCGCCUAG